GGCUUAGCUGCUUUGGCUCUUCCAGGGUUCGUCGGGUUAUGAACCGUAGAUAUGUACGCGCGUAACAUUCUCUUUCCAAUCCCCAAAACUGUGAAAACAACAGUCUCCAAUGAUGGAAUUUACAUUGCGAAUCUCUCAUGUAAUCAUAGAUUUCAUGUAAAGAUCUCUAAUGCCGCAAAAUCUUAUUCUGAAUUUAGUCCUCUUCGCCGUCUCCAAUUUUCUGAUACUCUUCGACGAGCUUCCACAACUGAACAUUGCGGAAACUCCAAUGAUGAAUGGUUCGUCGACGCACAAGACGCUGUUUCGGAGAUUAUUCAAGAAUCUGGCUUAUCGAAAGAAGAGUCGGUUGAGAUUGCUUUGAAUUCGCCGAAGUAUGUUAAAAUGUUGAUGGAUAGUGUGCGUGAUUUGGAUGAGCAUUCACUUUGGAAGUCAUGGGAGAUUGAGAAUGAAGACGUGGGUAGCCUUCCUUAUAAGAGGAAGGUAUUUUACAUGGCCAAGAAGAAAGGUGAUAACGGGUUACUUCCCUACUUGGAGAGCAUUGGUCUGAACCCUUCAUCUUCGACGUAUGUCGCUCGUUAUCUAUCAAGGGAGACGCUCCCGGAUCUCAUUUCUAAGGUUAAAUAUGUGAAGGAAAUGUUCUUCUUUGGCAGUGAUGAUGAAGAUUUCAUUGGGAAGAAUGCACGCCGUAUGAUGAUGCACCUAUCAAUUACUACUGAUGAGGAUAUCCAGCAAACCUUAUCAUUUUUCGAAAAGAUGGAAGCUAGGCGUGGAGGUCUAAAGUUGUUGGGUUCCAAAGAUGCCUCUUUCAGAUACCUCAUUGAAUCGUUUCCGCGUCUUCUUUUGCUAUCAGUAGAAUCCCAUCUGAAACCCUUGGUUGAAUUUCUUCAAAAUGUUGGAGUUCCCAAAAAACGCAUUAGAAUGGUACUUCUGUUAUUUCCUCCUAUUAUUUUCUAUGACAUCGAGAGGGACAUUACUUUGAGAGUACAGUCUCUGGAAAAGGUCGGUGUAGCCAACAAAGAUAUUGGUAGGAUGCUGCUAAAAUAUCCAUGGAUUUUGUCAACAAGCGUUCUAGAAAACUUAGAGGAGAUUCUUUCUUACCUGGAUAUGGAAAAGGUACCAAAAGCACAUGUGGAGACUGCAAUCAAAAGUUGGCCACAUCUAUUGGGAUGCUCAACAAGCAAAAUAAAGUAUAUGGUAGAACAAUUUGAAGGAUUGGGUAUUAAAAACAAGAAGUUGGGUCAGGUUAUUGCUUCAAGUCCUCAACUGCUACUACGGAAGCCUCAUGAGUUUCUCGAGAUGGUUUUGUUUAUGGAAGAACUUGGUCUUGAUGCCGAAACCAUAGGGAGGAUAAUGAGCCGCUGCCCCGAAAUUUUUGCUUCCAGCAUUGAAAGAACUCUCAGGCGAAAAGUUAAAUUUCUUGCUGAUAUUGGCAUCUCUAGGGACCACCUUCCUCGGGUUAUUAGGAAAUAUCCAGAGUUGCUUGUAUCUGAUAUAGAUAGCGCAUUACUUCCACGGAUAAGGUAUUUGAUGAGGAGUGGGUUGUCUAAGAGGGAGGUAGCAUCCAUGGUCCGUAGAUUCUCUCCACUACUGGGCUACAGCAUUGAGGAGGUUUUGAGACCAAAGCUUGAAUUUCUUGUGAACACCAUGGAGAAGCCUGUUAGAGAUGUGGUGGAAUAUCCUAGGUACUUCAGCUACUCCUUGGAUAAGAAGAUAAAACCCAGGUUUUGGGUGCUCAAGGGCCGGAAUGUAGACUGUAGUUUGAAAGACAUGCUGGGGAAGAACGAUGAGGACUUUGCGACGGAUUAUAUGGGUAUUGGAAGGAUGCUUGUUCCCCCUCCCUCUUCUCAAGAAUGACAGUAGGGUGAGAGUGGAAAUGGGAAGGGGGUGUUUCAAUUUAUAUCUGUGGCUGUCAAGUAUCUU